AUGAAUCUUUCGACAGUAGGAGAAGCUAACCAACUCUUCCACUUCUUCGCCCAACUCUUACCCCACCCCAACAUAUUUAGAGUUACGCAGAUUAGGGCGAACUCUUACCGACCCACUCCUCCCAUCUUGAGUUCAGGGCAAAGGACUAGUCAUUUCACGAGAUAUUACUUUAGGAAGAGAGAGGACGGACAAGAGAUCCAGUACCAGAAGAUCGGGUCAAAUAGGAGAUCGAAAAGCGAUUCGAAAUUGACCAGUCAAGAGUGGAUUUCGAGUUCGGAAGAAGGCUUUCGAGAUCUGGGCUUUCGCUUGAAGUUUCCCAUUUGGGUGAGUAAAAGCAAGGACCUGGCUGGGGUUGAGUUCCGAGAUACCAAUACCAAAUAUGCUAAGAGCCGGGAUCCCAGGACUCGGAGACAAGCCAGAAAGAAAGGGCAAGGGUCGAUGUCCGAUCCAGAUAAACCACCAUAUCUCCUUUUUGACAAAUCUGACACGAGGGGGAAAGAAAGCGCAUUUCCCUUUCCUAGAUAUGCCCGAGGAGUCUUUAGGAAGGGGGAAGAAAUAUACCUCGAUUUGACCUUGGGCUCUUGA